UAUGAUUCGAAUAUUUUUGAUAAGACAUGGACAAUCAUUAUAUCAGAGUUUAAAAAUUGUAUCUGGAAUGAAUGAAUAUGGAUUGAGUGGAUUAGGAAAAGUGCAAUCAAAAAACAUUGGUAGAAAAUUAUCAUCAAUCAGAUUUGAUUAUGUCUAUUCAAGUGAUUUUAAAAGGUAAUAAAUACCAGAAAUUUAGAUGUAUUGAAUCCUAUUAAAUAAUUGAAAAUGAACUAAAGCAUAAACCUUCACAUGUGAUCUAUACACCAAUUUUAAGAGAAAGAGAUCCUGGAAAUGAUCUGUUGAAAUCCUAUGCUGAGGUGUACCCUCUUUAAAGUUAAACAAUGAUAGACAGAGAAAAUAAUGCAGAAACAUCAGAAGAGAUAUAAAUUAGGGCCUAAGGUUUCUUUAAUUAAUUGAUCACACAAUAACUAUAUUAACAAUCAUUUUAAAAUGUAAUUAAUUAUUUAACACUAAUAGUUACCCCUUGAUUCAUUAAAUAAAAUGAUAAUGAGUUCUUAAGUCGCUGAACCUCAUUAUUCUCAUCACAUAAUGAGAUCUUAUAUACAUUAGGCUUAAUAAUUUAGUUCAUCUUAAAAAUCUUCAAGUUCAACUAAUAUAUUGGCAAUAAGUCAUGCUGGAUUCAUAACUGAAGCAAUCUAAUUUUUGUACAAACACCAAAAUAUUAAAAACACUGAUGGUCUAUAACCUGCAAUAUAUGCAAGAAAUGGAGCAUUAUUUCUACUGGAAAUUGAGGUAUAAAAUUUGGAUGAUUGGAAAUGCAAUAUUUAUUUAAGAAAUUACAGUAAAAGUAUAGAUGCUCCAUUUGAAUCGAUUAUUUGAA